AUGAGGCCACAUGGACACUUUCCCUUCCAGAUCGUCAGGUUUCUCCCCAGCAACAGAACGGCCCCCAGGGUGGACUGCGCCUUCCUGGACCAGCACCACAAGGACGUCCAGCCCCUGCAGGUGGAGUACUACCCGCCCAACGGCACCUUCAGUCUACACUAUUUCCCUUACUAUGGGAAGAAGGCACAGCCCCACUACAGCAACCCGUUGGUGGCCGCGAAGCUCCUCAACGUCCCCAAGAACACCGAAGUGGUCGUCGUGUGCAAGAUCCUGGCAGAACAUGUGACCUAUGACAACCCCCAUGACCCCUUUGAAGGGAAAGUGGAAUUCAAGCUUAAAAUUCACAAGUAA